ACAGAAAAUUUGGUUCCCCUCAUUUUUGUCGAAAAAACCCAAACCCUCCCUCUUUACUCUAUCCAAAAAUUUCUUCCAAACCCUAGAACUUUGCAUUUCUAUGCGGAAUUUCAAUUUCAACCAUCUCCCCACAGAGAUUAUACUAGACAUGAUAACUCGUUUACCAGCUGAUUCAAUUCUAAACUGCAAAUUAGUUUGCAGACCAUGGAGGGAUCUGGUUUCUCAUCAUCCAUCAUUCUAUCAAAUGUAUUUAUCUCAUCUUAAUCGUUCUACGGAUUCUGGUAAGUUAAGUUUCAUUGAUAGAGCUGAUAAAAAAUUUCACUAUUUUGAGUAUGAUGAGAAUAAUAAAGAGACACCUAUCAAUUGUAUUAGAAGGAUCAACAUAAACCCUCAAUUUGAAAAUUAUCAUUAUUACGUUCUUGGUUCGGUUAAUGGUUUGAUCUAUCUUUAUGAAUGGCGAGUUCAUACGUAUUAUAUUUGUAACCCCGUGACAAGAGAAUAUGUUAUGCUUCCAAAAACUAGUGAUGAUCAGUAUGGUAAUCUUUGCUAUGGGUGCUUUUGUGUUAAUCAGUAUAUUCAUUUUGGGAGCGGAUUUGGGUACGAUUCUUUAGCUGAUGAGUAUAAGGUUGUUGAACUGUAUAAGCUAAGGAGAAAUACUAGUUUUAUAAAGGUUGGGGUGUACACUCUUGGCAGUGGUAAGGGGUGGAGAAUUGUUGGGAGGUUGGAUUAUAAGAUUUGCAAAUUUGGUGCUCAUGGUGGUGUGUUUGGAAAUGGAGCCCUGCAUUGGGUGGAUAAAGAAGGAGGAAGGGUGUUAACUUUCGAUUUGACUGAGGAGAAGUUUCAUCAACCUCUUUCACCACCUCCUUCGCCAUGUCUUGGAGUGAUGCCUUUUGGUACUGUAGGGCUCUUGGACGGGGUUUUAUAUUAUGUCACCACCCAUGAUUAUAAAAUCAUUGAAGACAGAUGUUUGGACAUAUGGCUACUUCGAAAGAAGAACGAUAUCCCUGACAUGAAAGAGCAGGUGGAAAAUGAGUCAUUGGGCUGGAGUAAAGAGUUUGGUUUUAUCAAAAGAGAACCAUUAGCCUUUACCAAGAGAGGCAGUGUUUUAUUUACAAUUAUCACUCCCUCGAUAUUUAUGACCCCGUAUCUUCAACCUCGAAAGAGCUUGUGAAAUCUGAAUCUUUUGAUCGAAUAUAUCCUCAUCAGAUCACCUUAGUUUCGCUGAAACAGUUAGGGGAAGAAAAUGUAAAAAAGUUCGAGUCAGCUAAAAUUGAGGAGAUAGAAAACAGUGAUCUGUCGACAGUCUAGCAAGCAAGAUGAGAUCCCUGGAUACGUUUAUCAACUGGGCAAUAAUUCUGUUGGCAGUGGCAAUUUUGUCAGCUUCUGACUAAUUGAUGGCUUUCCUUAGAAUUGUAGAUAUCCACACCAAUCCUGCCUGCAUCAUCAGUUGUAUUAAUCUUGUACUGUUUAACGCUGGGUCAGUUAGAUUCUAAUUUGCAUUUUCUUCUUAACACGAGUUACUGGAGAUGUCAUCGAGUCUGACAACAAUGACAUCAGUAUAUAUUUUUCUCUUGUUCAUCUUAAGAACGGUAUCAUCUUAUUCUGAAGGGGAUACAUGAGGAUUGGUAACUCGGACAUUGAAGUUAUGCAAACUAGCCGUUGCAUUUGUUUCUCCCAAAAAUACUGCUUAUAUGAAUUUACGGUUUUUAAUAGUUCCUCCAAAAAGUCCUGGAAUUAUGUGAAGGUCAAAUGUGUUCGACUUAUGUUUCCGUUUUCUGUGGUAUCCUUUAUUUUUGUCUAUGCUAGCUUUUGUUACUCAACAUAGCAGCUGUAGUCAUAUUUCUCAAGUAGCACAAAACUGCAUCACACUUCUAAUUCUAUGGAACUAUUGUCAUAAUAUUUCUAUUUUCUACUAUUGGAGCAAUUUUAGGAAGAUAUUCCCUUACAAAACCUAAAAUGUCCGGUCUGUGAUGAAGCAGUAGAAACUCUUGUUCCUGUAUGAACUCAUUGUCUCUAUGAAAAUACUGUAUGGUUUGGAGCCAAUUGUACUGUUUAGCAAUCUCCUUACCACUAUCAUUCUCUCACAACAUGGCUAGUAGUAGGUACACUAGCCAAUUUUCAUGUUAAUACUGCAGGUUCUCAGCAGCAAUCACCUUGCUGUGAUAGAAAAUAACACUCAGUCAUAUCAUUCAGAUACCACUUCCACCCAACUGCCUCAAACUUAAUGCGGAUGUUUCAUACUUUCUUCAAUACUAAUGUUGCAGGCAGGGGUCUAAUUUUACAAAA